AUGGAGGUGCGCACUCCGCCCGCUGCAGGAUUCUUUCUCGACCAUGAAUACGUUUCCCAUACCCUCAGGCAUAUCCGUAUCCUGAAGCACAUCGAAGGACCCGACCGAGCCAAGCUCAAUCGCACAAGGCCUCAUCAAAGGCGUAGUAAUCUCACCUUGAAGACCCGACAACGAUUCCAAAAUCUCAAGCAAAAGCUGGCCAAAAUCACCGCAAAACUAGACCAGCUCGAGAACGUUCUCCAGCAGUAUUUGGAAGAUUUCAUGACUUACCGUCAGCGAAUCGUUCUGGAACUAUUUCAGACGAAGUUCGCCCGAGAACUUCGCGAUGACGUAUACGGCUAUAUGAUAGGCGGCGACCAGUUGGCGAUCAGUAUCAACCUUCAUGACCUGGUGGCGUCUGCCUCACCAGCCUUCGCCAUCGCCGGUCACACGAGCGCAAGUCGUUCUAAGCACUUCCAGACGUCACUCACCCGCAAUGGCUACGGCCACUUACUCGAAGCGAGGACGAUACUCAAGGACACGAUGCUAGAGCUAGCGCACGCAUGGUACAGGCUCUCCACGUUUCGCUUCAUGCAAGCCAUCCACGUCGAUCUAUUCCUUAGGACCGACUUUCAUGGCUUCGGCCUCGAUACGCAGAAGCUAAUCCGGAGUGUAGAGGGUAAACUGUUCACCCCUGUCAACUCGUCCGGCGAUUCCACCAUACUAGCUAAAAGCUUAGCCGAGCUUCACACUCUCAAAACUGGUGCCAACAUCUUGCUGAGCUUGCAGGCUUUGCCGACAGUGGCAGUGAUGAAUGUAGUGGCAGAUUCCAGCGCAGCAAUCCCGCCUCGUUAUCUCGCACUCCUAUUCACGAGCAUCCAGAAGUUGCUUACAGCCGAAUACCGUGUCACGGUGAAGCUGGGCUACCACUUGAAGUUCAAGGUGGUAAGCGAGGAGCUGACGGAGGAGUGUUGGGCGGAGAAGCUUGAGAAACAUCACAAAGCCAUCCUUGCGAAACGCGCCCGCCGUGAAUGA